CGUAUCUUCCGCCCUAGCUGGCUUCGCCUCAGCCUGCGCUGCGCCCUCCCGGCCUGCGGCGUCGCGGUACCGGCCUCCGCGCUCCACCCAGACGCCCUCCGGCCCUCGGGAGGGGGCGGGAGGCGGAGCAGAGGGGUGGGGGGUGGUGUCGCCGCGGUCUAGGCGCGGUAGGCGGUGGCGGCGGCGUCGGAGGUCCCUGAGAUAUGGCCGCCUCGGUGUUCUGCUGCCUGCGGUGCUGCAGAGAUGGCGGGACGGGCCACAUCCCUCUGAAGGAGAUGCCGGCCGUGCAGCUGGACACGCAGCACAUGGAGCUGCCCAGCAUCUUUCAGUAGAGUAAUGUCAUCCCCCAUUACCAUCUGCGUGGAAACUUUUCUUAACCUGUCUUCCAGUAAAUUCAAAUUCUUCAAUCACAGAAGAAGCAUGAUUUUAGAAAGCAAAUAAUAUAAGAGGAGAGGCUCAUCAAGUUAGGAACAGGUUUCAAGCAUCAGUUGAUCUUAAGUUGAAAUAUGAGAAGCACACUGAGAACGGAUGUUGUCAUUGUAAAAAAUGGAAGAAGAAUAUGUGGAACAGGAGGUUGUUUAGCCAGUGCACCUUUACAUCAAAACAAAAGCUACUUUGAAUUCAAAAUCCAGUCCACAGGAAUCUGGGGUAUUGGUGUUGCAACUCAGAAAGUUAACUUGAAUCAGAUCCCUCUUGGCCGAGAUGUGCAUAGUCUGGUGAUGAGAAAUGAUGGAGCCCUAUAUCACAACAAUGAGGAGAAAAAUAGGCUGCCAGCAAACAGCCUUCCACAGGAGGGAGACGUGGUGGGUAUUACAUAUGACCAUGUAGAAUUAAAUGUAUAUUUGAAUGGAAAAAACAUGCAUUGUCCAGCAUCAGGUAUACGAGGGACAGUGUAUCCAGUUGUUUAUGUUGAUGACAGUGCAAUUUUGGAUUGCCAGUUCAGUGAAUUUUAUCAUACUCCUCCACCUGGUUUUGAAAAGAUAUUAUUUGAACAGCAGAUCUUCUGAAUGUAUUUGUUUUUGAAACUUGUAUUUCUGCACUGUUAAAAGUGUUUACCAUUUAAUAAAGCUUUACCUGACCUACAGAUGACAAUAUAUCCUUAAAAAUAUGCUCGUUAAUGUUGUCUAAGGAACCAAAGUAUACAAUAUACCAUCCUGAAGUUGUGAUUUAAAAUACUUAGGUUUUGUGAUAAUGAAAUCAGCAUUUGGGGCAGUUUAUUUAAUUCUUAUUUAAAUAAAUAUGACUGUGGGUUUGAUUAACAGUAUUAAAUGGAAAUAUGUAUAUAGAUAUUUAAAAGGGAAUCUUAACAUAAAAUAUUUGUUUUGAUAGAGAUACAGAGUUGGGUGGAGGUUUUUGUCAUUCUGAAGUGUAGACCUCAUUAACUAUUUUAAGUCUGCAGUCCAAUAAUUUUGUGUCUCAGUGUCUUUUUUUAUAUAGAGUAUAACAAAGUGACAAGUUUAUGUUAUUGGCAACUUCAUUUUUGGCGAUUUAUUUACUAUAAAAUGUACCACUUUUCUUAAAAUUUAAAUUGCUUAUUUUGUUUGUAUGUCAUUGCUUUUGAUUUUCUUUGUGAAAGGAGAUAAGUGUCGUAGUAGCUGUCAGAGUAUUUUGUUGAAGACCGUCAUGCUGUGUUACUUCAAUACCUGAGUAAGUAUUGGUUGAUUGGUGAUGUAGCCUACACAGCAGACAUUUAGAAUAGUAUCAUGCUUUCAACUUAAGUGGAAAUGAGAUUAUUCUUUUAAGGACUUUUAUUUAAAUGUGCAUUUUUCUGUAAGGAAUAAUAAAAUAUUAGUAAUUAAGGACUA